AUGGUUCCGCUUGGAACUGGAUCGCCAAGCGUUUCCGACUUCGUUGCUCUUGUUGAGAAGAGAAUUAGAGCUAGCCAUUUGAAAAGCACGCUACACAGUGCAGGAACUACGAUUGAGGGACCAUGGGACGAAGUUAUGAAUCUGAUAGGGGAUCUUCACGAGUUCGCGCACGCUUCUGGUUAUGUUCGUGUGCACACCGACAUAAGAGUCGGUUCAAGAACUGACAAGGUACAGACUGCGCAGGACAAGAUGGAUGUUGUUAACAAAAAGUUGGCGGAACAAUGUUAG